AGGAAGGAGUGAUGCUGAGGAGAGGAGAGAAAGAAAGGAGGAGAAGGAGGGAUGAAUUACAAAAGGAAGAGUGAAAAGACGUUUUAAAAUACGUUUGAGAAACGAAUUUCAAUUCCAAGUACUAAAUCAAUGUUAUAUGUCGACAAGAAAUCCGGAAAUGAAAAAUUACACAAGUACUUUUCACAUGUGCUCUCCUGAAACCUUCAAGAAAUAUUACAGAGCUUCGACCCAGUACUUUUCCAAAGUGGCUCGGUCACACGGCUUAGCUGUUUUCACUUUUCUUUGUUGGAUAGGGAGGCUGUGAACAUGACAUCCACUGCAUGCUGCGAAAGCCCAAUCCUAAUGUUCUCACAGGACCUCAGUGACUUUAGCGGUGCAGUCCGUGAGUAAGAGAUGAUGGCAUAAUGUGAUAUAAAAAUGAGGAGUAGCACACACUUUUAUGACAUCAUACAAAGACUGGAAACAAGAGCCCUCAUUAAAUAAUUACAAUGAAAAAAAAAGCCGAUCUACAGUAUGAUUUUUUUGUAUCUUACAGUUCAGUGUUCAUGAUUCAAAUGAAACAAGCAAAAGACACACAUUAAAGGCACUGUGAGGAGUUUUUUUCACUGGAUGAAAAACAGACUAAAAUUGAUACUGAUGCCUCUUUGUGUCCUUCAAAAGUCUUAAGGUCCUUACACACCAGCGAAUUUGCAGAGCGAAGCGAAAAAGCGAGACGAAAAUGCGAAAAUAUUCGCCGGUCCGAAAAAUCGCUUUCACCUAUACACACUGGGCGACCACUCUGUUGUACACACUCUCUCCCAUCGUUGCUCUUGGUGCCAGUGGUGGUGUGUGUCGUGUGAACUGCAGCCGCAUGGGUCUGUGACGUCAUCAACAAUAUGACUUUUGAUUGGCCAGAGGUCUAGCAGGUCCAGAUAUUCGCCUGCAAAUCUCCGAAAAAUUCGACACAAGAGCGAAAAAAUAAAAGACGCUUUUCGCCCCGUGGAAAAAUCGCCGCCGGUGUGGAAGCUUGCAUUGACUUUAUGCUGUUUUAAAAAUAACCUCACAGUAGUAAUCUUUGAUGCUUUAAUUUACUUUAAAGGGGCGUGGAUGUCAGACCAGCUGAUUGACAGCGGGCAGAAAAAAAAACACUUUUUUGACUUUUUACACUGCAAAUAGUCACAGUGAGUGUUGCAUUCUAUCGCUACUUGAUUAUAGACGAGAGGAACCACUUUGCCAACAAUAUCAACUCUAACCGAAAGUUUCUCACAAGCAGCUCUAAUGCUAAUCAUUAAGUCAUUAUGUUAUGAGUGAAUACGCCCUUUUGUUACAAGAUUAAUGUCAUUGUGUUUCAGGAAUAAAGUCAUUAGAAUGAAAACCUUAUGUAAGGAGAAAAAAAGCUGUUAUUUAGUCAAUGAUUGGUGUAAAUGUUACUGCUGUUUGUAAAGAGAGAUACCAGAUGAGCCACCAGUCGCCUGCAUGCUUAAAAAUGAUGGUGCAGCUCAAGUUUCUUCUCAUUCCUCAUUAAGGUACAGGAAGCUAGCUGCCACUCAAACAGUCUGUCCCUGUCAAAUAAGGCAACUAUAAACCAACACAAGGACUGUACAUGGAGGGGAAAUAACACAGCCGAGCACUUCUUAGACUCUUAGCCUUGAUUCCUGAAUACAGAUGGAUUUGAAAGCAUGUUAAAUAUUAAAAAUGUUCCUUUUCAAACCAAAAGCAAAAUGGCAGGAAUUAUCUCUGACUUUCAACAUGUGACAGAAAUCUGGACUAAAUUGAUAUUGGUGUGACAUUUUCAUGAAUCAUCUUUCGCACCAUUCGAACUGCUCUUAGGGGACGGAAAUCAGUCCCCAGCCACAGUUUGAUAGUGAGGUCUGGUUUUCUGCUCAAUUUGCAAGAACUUUAAGGAGUCUAUAAUUUUUUUGUGUUUGAGAUUUUAUCCUAACUUUUUGUUCAACUCAUGCAAAAUCUAAGACGGAGUAUUAGGGUCACAUUAAGAGAAAAAAAAAUUACAACUUUGAGAUUAAAGUCAUUAACUUACUAGAAUAAAUUCAUUACUAAUAAGAAUGAAGUUGCAAUAAAAUCAUUAUGAUACCUAUAAUAAUUUGGUGCUGAUGUGCCAAAAGAUGAAGUAUCUCCUUACUUGAGAAACCUAUAUUGAAGUGCAUUUUCACAAAAUGCUCCAUGGCUCUCUUUCCAACAACUGUCGUCUUAAACAGCAGGUUAGAAUAUAAGGACUUUAUUCUGACUUUAUCUCAUAAGUACUGAUUUUAUUAUGACUUUAUUCUCUUGAGUAAUGAUUUUAUUACAACUUUAUUCUGGUAAGUUAAUGACUUUAAUUUUGAAGUCUUAUUUUUUUUUCUUAAUGUGGCCCUAAUAAUCUGUUGUAAAAAAACAGUAUAUUUGUUUAAAUAAAUAAGCUUUAAGGACCAGCUUAUUUAAAAAAAUAAGUAGUGCUAGAGUUGAAAGGCUUUUUGCAUGAUUGUCGCCUGUCAAUCAAAUCUGACUUGAUAACGCCAAACAGUCAUGAGUUUUGUUUGAGUGAGCGUUGGAGUUUUAAAUUGCUAUUCUUUGUGUUUGAUGACUAAGAGAAGUCUGGACAGAGGUUGACUUUGUGGCGUAACAGGAAAUGUUUGCUGGUAUAAAUGGCGCCAAGAGAUGGGGGGAAAACAUAUUUGAGCCGUAAUGAGCGGAUCAAUGAGAGGAAAGAUUAGGAAGGAUGAUGGAUAGAGAGUAAAGAAAAAAAGAGGGAAAGAUUUUGGAAAGAGUGCUGAUAAUGAUGGAUAGCAGCCACACAAGAGGUGCAGUGAAUACAAAAGAGAAGAAGAGGAAGAGUUGGCGUGUUGACGGAUAAGGAGAAGCUGUAAAAUUCUAUUUCCUACAACGAGUACGUGCAAAAUACAUCAGCUUUGCAAUCAACAUGGCUCUUAAUUUAGUGCAAAUUUCAAAUGGUCCUCCCAUGGGGUAAAUGAGAGCACUUUUCUCCACAGACUAAUCUGAGUCAAGAGGGGAAACUGGUCAAUUUAUAGUGUCAGACAGAAGAGUUAGCUGCAGGGCCGCUGAAUACUUAAACUGUUAUGUUCUGUAGACAAUUCCAAAUUGAAAGUUUGAGACCUUUUUCAGAGGGAAAGAUGAAGAAUUGAAUUAAUUUUCUCAAAGUAUUAUUAACCGCUGGCACUUACAAAAUUUAUUAGGGACUGUCUGGUGCUACAGAUCAAUCACAAUGAGGGAGAGAGAGGGGAGACCCCCGCAGAGUGAGCUGCUCCUCCGUGCUCUGCUCCAUGUCUGCAGAGGGAGAACUAGCUCACUGGGGACAAAUUAGCCACACAGGAGCAUCGAGGCAUCAUGGGAAAUUAAUGAUCAGGACCUCCAGGAAGUGAGCUAAUGAGUCCUGGUAGUGCCACGCGCACAUGUAGACCAUGAACCACACACACACUCGAUUAAAGACGCAGAAAGUACAAGAAAGAGGGGGGGUCCUGCAGAAAGGGAAUAGCCAAAUGUGCAGUACGAGCAGGCUAUCGGUGUGACUUUGUGUGCAUGAGUGAUAGUGCUGGGGCAAUAGCAGAGUGAUUUUACAUGCACACAAACACACACAAACACACACAUACACACACUUAGGGAAUCAGAUAAUUAGAAAGGACCACCAGUGGCUUUCGCCCAUGGAGGCAUAGUGAUUACUGUCACUACAUCCUCCCCUGGGGGCGGUUGACAACAGGCAGAGAAUUAAUACUGAUCAACACACACACACACACACACACACACACACACACACACACACACACACACACACACACACACACACACACACACACACCAUAAAAAAGUGUUGCAGAACUCAAUGUGGAUUUUAUGAACACAUAAUGUGUGUGACAAGAGUUGAGUGGUUUCCAUGUCUCUCACAGUCUUGCAUGAUGUGUACCUGAACACAUCAUUUACCCACAGGUUGGCCUACAUUUAUAAACCACGUUGCCACACACAGUAAUUAGGCUACAAGCUCAAAGGCCAAAAUUGAGGAUGAACAGGGAAUUAAGUAAGAAGUUUGCUUGAACCAGCUGCUAAAAAAGCCCCUCACUGCUGCAGUACCUUUGAGCAAACCUCCUAAAUAAGCAGCUCAAGGUCUAUUUGAGCUGGGAUUUAUAUAUUAAUUUAACUACUCAGCUCCAGAUCAGUCAUACCAGAGGGGAGAGGAGAGGACAGAUGGUCCCUGACUCCCCCUGAAAACUGGAACAGUGACAGACGGUCUCCCCACACCAGUCGGCGCACCUCACAAGGAUUUAACUUUGCACUCCGGUACUAUAUGUCACCACACCCUUGGUGCUUGAUUGGCUCAAAGUUUGCCCGGGCACCGCCCUCUUCUCAGCGGAUCCACCCUUCCACUACCCCGCAGCCUGUUGCUGCCAAACCAGCUGGCAGUUUCAAUUGAUAGUCUGACCCAUAACUGUGGGCGACACUCGAACCCGUGACCCCUGCAGUCAGAUUAAGUCAGUGUUUUUUAUUUUUGGUUUGUAUUUUUCACUUUAAAAGAUUCAAAGAGUCAUCAUGCGGGCUGUGGACAAACACCCAGGAACUGUCUGCUGUGGAGGUCCACACCUUCCUCCCCGCAGCCUCUGAUUUAACCCUUUCUGAACGACUUUUAUGACUUUACCUUUCUGACAUCAUGCGACAGUGACACUUGCAGCAGCAGAUCACGCAGAAAUCUGACUUGUUCCAUGAGUUGGUGAGGGUGGAAAAGUUGUUCACGGCGAUCCUCUCCUCCGUCGGGUCUCCUCACCUGAUCUGCACGCCACUCUCAGCCGCGCGUAAACCCUCUCCGCGGCCCCUGCGGCGGUCAGGAUGUGGACCCCGGUGAAUGUGCCUGCUUGGAAAGCAACUAUUUUCCUGUGUAACAUCAUCUCAGCUGCUGUGGCCAAGAGACACGUCGUUUAUUGGAAUUCAACAAACACAAGGUGAGGAAACUAUGCGCGUAAUGAUGCUCCAUUUCUCACAAAAUAACAUUUUUUUUCUCUCCGGGCUUCUUCACACUCAAACGGGGGGCUUGAUUUAAGAGGGUAAAAUCAGUUCAUUCCUACUUACUUUGCAUAGAACAUACACAGCCGGUCUGAACUUGCAGUGCCUUACUGUUGCACAAUAAUUCCUCCUAAAUGAGUCAGGCUUUAGUCUGCUUGAAGAAUCUCUGCUAUGCUGCAGAUCACGUCCUCGUGCACUUAAUUGAAGGGGGGUGCAGGGCAGGUAUGAUAAUCUCAAACCUGAACUAACCCUUGAGCUAUGAGACAGGUUUUUAAUGUUAAUUUAGAGGGCCUAAGCCUGAACUGUGGGGAUACAGUGAUUCAUUUAGGACAGAGGAGCCUGAUGUCACCCUCCUGUGCAGGUAGUUAUCUUCAUCAUUAUGACCAACCCUGGCUUUCACCCGUCCACAGCUGAUAAUGCUACUUAUAGAGUGUCAGAAGUGAUGGUUUCUUCUCUGAGUAGUGUCCUAGAUAGUAUUCUGAGCACACAGGUGCAUAUUAAAGGCUAAAGUGCUGCUGGAUAUAAGCUAAUAUGUAGUUGGGUAAUGGGAUGGUGUGAGUGUUUGUGUGCGCAUAAUGGGUUGAUAGGGGCCAUUAGUGAGUCGGAGUCAGGCUCACCUGCUGAUCCAGGUGUUCCAGUCUGCCUAAUUGAAGGGUUUAGGUUCAGGACCUGCAGGGCUAGUAGGGCCACUGCCCAAAAUAACACAUCCACCGUCCCCUCACCUACUUAUUUAGAGACUCUCACUCUACUCGGAGCCCUGACUCCCUGAACGCUCUUUAAGAUGGAUGACCCUCUGUCGUUAUAGCUGUUGGCCACAGAGGCCACCUCUUAAAUCACAGAUUUUUGUGUGUUUUACAUUUCUGGAUGCACAAAUUGUGGUGAAAAUGUGACCCCUGGGUGGAAUAAUUUCCCUGGAGACUCCUGGGUCUUGUCUGCAGGACUCAUCCUGUGCUCAAGUCUGUGGCGGUUAUGCUCUGUGUGCCCAGCCGGGUAAAAAACCCCGUCUUGUAAUUGGGAUCCAACAGAAAUGUGUUGUGGAGGAACGCCAUGAGGAUUAGGAAGCACCUUCUUGUCCCCGAGAGAUUCAGGGAUGAAUGGUCACAGCCUGUGGCAGGGCCACACAGUCGGCUGCUACACCACACAAUCACAAUGCCAUCAGCAUCACGGCGCAGUAGUAACCCACUGUGGCAGAGAAUCACUCUCAUCAGCAACACCACCCAAUCACAAAACUAUCAACAGAGCCAUGAUGUUGCACCCGGUCCACAAUCCCCCGGGUUUACAGCUAGGACUCUCUUUCCUUCUCCUCUCUCCUCUCUCCUUUCCUCUCUCCUCUCCUAUCCUUACUCUUCAUUACCUCCCUUGUUACAUCCCACUCUCCUUUUCAUUUUUUUCCCCUCCACACUCGCCCACCUCCUUGGUCCUUUUAUCUCUCACAGCUCCCUCCUGCCCGGUGAUGGAUAUUGGCGGUGUGAUUAGUUGAGCUUCAGUCAUUUUCCCAUACCAUAUUUUCUAUUAGCUGCCAGCCAGCCAGGUUGUCUUGAGGCCUGUAAACGUAGCCUGGGGAGGGAAGAGGAGCUCAAGGAGGGGAGAGGAAGACUUCUGUUGGCUUGGUAAUGCACUUGAGUGUCCCAGAAUCUGCUUGAUGCAAACGGUCCAGAAGGCACUUUAUAUCUCUAAAAAAAAAAUUUGGCAUAGGUUUAAUUGUCUAAAAUGUUGUUCAACUCACUGAAAGCUCAGGACUCCUUUUUUAAGCAGUUUGAGGAUAAAUCUGAUACAAACAAUGUUUCAUACAGCUUUUACAUCGAAGUGGAGUCAGAGGAUGAGACGGAUUUGGUUCCUAAAGCUAUAUGGAGCAUUUUAGCGUCUUUCAGACAAUUGUUUUGGUUCGACAGCUGGCUGGGUGAACUGUUUUAUCCAGUUGAAUUGUUUUUAUGCCUUGUUUGUGGUAAAAUGUGCUGUGAAAAAGCCACAGUUAGCUACCUGGUCUACACAGAAUCACAAAAAGAGAGAGUAUGAACGAGUGAAGCACUGAGCACAGCGAGAAAGAGAGUUUUUGGAGACUUAAACAGGACUAACAAUGGAGAGUGAAAUUUUGACUUUUAGUACAACUUGAAAUUUGUGAGUCACUGCAGCUGUUAACUAGCCACUCACAAGUGCCCAGGAUACAAGCAGAUACAGAUUACAGAUUUAUUUGUUUGUUUUUUACCCACUUUAACUGUCGUUGGCAGGACAUCUUUUUCGGUUGGAUGUACUUCUACUAAUUUCUGUUGUUUCCUUGUUAAUGUUAUGUAUAUUUAAGACCUCACUGUUGUCACGGCUACAUUAUCCAUAAAAACUGUGGACCAGCUGAGGAGACAGAGGAGCUCUAGCUAAAGUCCCAUUUGUUAAAUUAAAGGUUGUGCCCGUAUGUAACACGGGUCUAGCCGGUGAGAAAAGCGUCUCCUCUUAAUACAAAGACUGAAGACAUUCUCUUGCCAUCACCUUUCUUUUGACAUCUAGAUUUAUGGUUUUAAUGAAGCGGGGGCAGUGAAGUGGAGACUGAAGGGCCUUGUUGCUCUGUUCUUCGCCAGCUUAUACGACUGUAACAAAGGCUCACACUUUAACUGGCACACAUUUAGCACCCUCCAGAUUGAAAAAUGGAGCUUUGAAAUGAAAGUGAUAGACUGACUGCAGGGUCAGCGUCGAACAUGGCAGACUCAAAUACGCAGGUCUCUUUCUCUUUUGUGGGGCUCAAGUGGUUCGAUUGCCCUCUUUUAUGAUUUUAUGAACAGAGUUUACGAUCGUUCUCGCUUUUAUUACAGCGUUUCUCUCAGAGCGAUAGCUCCUUAUUAGAAGAGAAAUUAUUUUUUACUUCCUGGAGCAGUUAAAGGUUAGUAAAAUAUUAUAACCAGAGGGCUUUAAACUUGAGUAUGUGUUUUUGUGUGUGUGCUGACACUAGACCUCAGCGCUCCCUUGAGUAGCGAGCUCAGACUAGUUUAUAGGUGUAUUAAGCCCCCUCUUUGUACCAUGGUGUGCUUUAAAACCUGUUGGACCAAGUCAGUUGACUAGCCAUAUUUGCUGAUCCAACAGUGUCUGCUCCUUGUGCUUCAUUCAUCCUCAUAAAUUCACUCUGGAGGUGUCAGAAAGUUUACUCAGAGCUCCAAAACUUCACGGAUUGAAUUACCUUUCUUUCUUUUUUUUUUCUUCCACAAGAGAUGACUUGAAGGAGGGUUUUACAGUCUAUAUAAGGGCUGCUCACACUCUUCUAACAAGAAUAAAUGUCACCCAAAGCUGCACCUUAAAUAAGCUACUCCAUUUCCCUGUCCCCUGACUUACCCUUGUUCUUGGCUCACACCUCUCAUACUGCACUCCUCUCUUAUCCGACAUGGCAGGAGGCAGACUUGUUGCAGCAGUUCCUCUGGAUCUGGAUCAAAAUUUAGACUCCUGUUUCCUGACUCCUCUUGUUUUUUGUUUUUCUUUUCCAGCAGAACAGUGGAUUAGCUGGGUGUUAAUAACAGAUUCAAGAAUUUGCAUGGAGAGAUUAUGCAUGAACAGGAGUAUUCCAACCGACUCCUCUUACCUGUGUCCUCUCGUGCUCAUACUUGUGCGCUUCCUGCAAGUUUGGACACACUCUUAAACCGAAUUUAAAACAAACACUCAGACCAGUUCAGACCCUUCUGGACUCACUCUCUUCCUCUCUAUCUCUCCCUCUUCUGGCACAAACUCCAAGCCAGUGGGGCAUGUUUGAACGGUGCAUGUGGAGAUGAAUAUUUGUGUUGGUUUUUCUGUAUCUUUAUUGAAAGCAGCCCUCAUAAGUCUACUGUGUAAUCUCUGCUCUGUUUAUGCAUCAUUUCCCUCUGUGUGCACUCAUGAAUGAUCUCGUUUAAAUACCAAGGUAAAUCACGGUCUGCACGCCACACCUCCUCACACAUGCAGUGUACAGUAAAGUGAAAGCAGACAGUGUUUGUAAUUAGGGCUUGUCAGGGAGAUGAUUGCACUUCCAGACCGAUUUCUUGUUUUAUAUCUUUGUAUUAUUUCUCCUCUAGCAGCCGUCGCGUCUAUGGCUCUUCCUUCUCUGUUGUGUGUGUGUGUGUGUGUGUGUGUGCAUGCAAAUGAAUAUUUUUCUCGCACUGUCUGCUAUCUCUCCUCUGUGUGUCUGUCUCUCCACUAAUCUCUGUCUUCCCCUGGUAAAUGAUUAACAUGGAGAACCUGGCUGAACUAUAAUCAACAAACCCACAGUGAGGUAAUUACCACUUUAUUCCCUGUCCUGCUAACAAAGCAAUCUCUCUCUCUCUCUCUCUCUCUCUCUCUCUCUCUCUCUCUCUCUCUCCUCAUCUGUCAUCACAGUGUCAGUGUCUCUCUCCCUUUUCUGUGUCAACGCCUAUUGUCUAACUGGCUGUGGCGCUGUGUUCCUGUGUAGAUCCAGAGGUGUGUGUGUGUGUGUGUUUUGUUUGCUGGUUGUGUACCUUAUCUGUCUUUGUAAAUGUGCUUUGUCUGUUUGUUUGUGCUAUUGAGUGUAUUAUCUGGAGGGCAAACUGUGGUUGAGUUAACUGUGUGUACACUUGAGCUUCUUCGUCACUGUCGGAAAACAAAGCGGGGCAGUGAUUUUACUGAUUUGCGCGCUCGUGAAUUGCCGUUCGAGGGCAUUGUUGUGGGUUGAAGUUGAUUCGUGUGGAACAAUGGCUCUCGUAGGUGCGUGUGUUUUGUGCGUGAGUGGAAGUGACCUGCUGCUUUGCGUAGAAAGGAACUCUUUGUUUCCUUGAGAAAAGAUGGGAGGGUGAUAAAUUUCAGUUAUGGGAAAAAACAAAACCCAGAAAUGUAUAAGGGUGCACAACACUCAAGGAUUUGAUUCAUGAUUCAUGUUUUUGCAAAUUUCCUUUGUUUUCUUCUCUUUUUUUCUCAUCUAGGUUUUUCUUCUGCUCACAGUGAGUAGUAGUGAAAGUAGCUUUAGAAAAGAAAACCUCAGCUCUGGUCAGCAGUGGAGUGAAAGCGGCUGUGAGAACAUUAACCAACCGCUGUGCGCUGGCCUCCUGCCUAAAUAGGUCAUUGUUUUGUUUCCACUCAUAAGUUGAUUUUAGGUGUGACUAAAGUGUUGGAGGGAAAAAGGCGUGUUGUUGUCUUUGGAGGCUUUUUAAAAGGAAUGAGCUGAUAGAAUAUUGUGCAACCUCACCUUUUCUCGGGGUUACAUUUUUCAAGAGAGGCUUAAAAGAAGAAGAAGGUAGCGAGUUAGAGACUCUAACUCUGCACCUUCAAUUCAGUCAGUCAUCCUGCGUUUUGUAACCUAACCAAGAUAACACUAAAGCAGCACAAAAACUCCUCUUUAUUAAAAGGAGAGAUGCACAAACACAAGGAAAGCCACGCACGCUGCUGAAAAUGAGUUUUGGUUGGAGGCCUAGCAGCAGUCAGGAUGUCUGUAUUAAAAUGGAUCAGAUAGUCACAGUGCAGCUCGGAGCGGACACGGUGUACAAGCAUGAAAGGACGGCCGCUCUCUCCCCCUGGUCAGGAUAUUUAGUCAAUCGAUACCAAUUUUACACCCAGAUAUUAUCAUCAGCUUCUUGCAUUAUCGCUAGACUGCAUAUGGACCUGUCCCUUUCCCAAUUUCUCUCUCCCCACCGCCGCCGCUCUGCUUCUCUGUGUACACACAUACAUCAAUAUUAGGCCGCGUUAAGCUGUAAUAAGUUGUAUUGUAUGAAUGUCUGCGAGUGAGGUGGAACAGCUGUGGAAUAAAAUGAGGUUCAAUGUCGUGUCGUCUGCCGCUCGGUUGGCACAGCCUGGCCUGGCUCUGGCACAAAAUGGCCGCAGUGUGGUAUGCGUGUGAAGAGGGCGGUUAUGGUGGUUAAGGGCUCGGAGCCGGGGUACUUUCAUUCAUCCAUUCAUGGCACACAAUGAGCUGGCAUUGUUGGAAGUGUCAGGCCGACUGUGUAUUGCUUUGACAUACAAAACGGCUAUUAAAUUGUGGCGUGAGAAUAUGUAAACUUGCAAUUGUGGGAAACGGCGCUAAUUUAAGCUCAAUCAAAACAACGCAAACUGCCAGAAGAGUUUCACACACACACACAAACGCACAAAAGGAAAAAACAGGCAGACACACUCUCUCAAGUACACAUAACCUCACAUAAUGCUCUUCCACUCAGCUCAGAAAUCCUGCCAAGAGGCAACCUGGGAAUUCCCUGAGACAGAAAUUGAAUUAGUAUUGACCCAGCCGGAGCAAAAGGCUGGAGCAGAAACCUGGAUUAUUGUACCAUACAAAACCCUGGCUGUCAGGAGGACAGAGACAUGUUUGCCAUCUUACCCCAUAGUCUGCAAAGACACUCAUGGACAGUCACUCCAAAAGUGCUUUUUAAUGUCUCUGUGAUGGCACGGAUAAAGUCCUACGGUAAAAGCGGUGCUGCAAACCCGGAUUUAGCUUCAAGAAUCUCUGCAAAAUGCUCGAUCUGGGAUGUAAAAGUCUACUUUCUUCAACAAACCUUGAGUUGAUAUGAACUUAUAGAGAGUGUGUGAUGCUUUCCUGCUGUGGCAUUAGUCUUGUUGUCAGCAGAGAAGUAAAAACUCUGCAGGCGCUUAAAGAAUUUGACAAUGGUUGGUUGUUAGUUUUGAGUUCAAAAGUUAUUCUGCCAGUCAAACCAGUUAGUCAAACUGGUUGCUAAAUUUAAGUUGAAGUGCUCUCAGAGGUGGUCAUGUGAGUGACAUAUGUUUUCAUUACAGCUCAUGUGUGGAAAUCUCAGUUUGUCAAAGUUUUUGUGUACUUUUUGGAUUAAGCAGUAACUUCUUGCUUAAUUUGACGAUUGACAAUCUGUGUUUUUUUUUUUGUUUUUUUUUAAUACAAAAUUUUAUCCGGCUUUGUUAUGACCAUCGACUGUGUGACUCUGAGAAUCUUAACCUGGCUCAUAAGGGGUGAUCUACAUUAAAGUUGUUGUUUUUUUUUACUGAUAAUGUCUUCAUCUGACUUUUUUGUCUUGUGAUGAAAUUCCUGAGGUCACCAUGUUAAAAAACUUGUAUUAUUUUGUUUAGACAAAACAGUCAGCCAUCGUUGACCAAUAGGCAGCUAGCUCAUGAGGCUAAAUUCAAUCACAUGUAUUGACAAGUUUUGUGUACAGAAAAUGAAAGUGUGACUUUUUAAUUAGUAAAUCUGCUGGAAACACACAGCUUCAUUACGCGUCAUGCAGGUUAAAAAAACAGGUAGAAAUGAUUAAAUUGGCGUGUGUCUGUUUGUGUUAUUGUGGUGUGUUUACCCUGAAGUACGUCACCUUUUAAUCAAUGUUUUAACUCAUCAGAAGAACCUUUAAUUAUAGUGAAAUGAAGAACUCCAGCCAACUCUUUUUCCCACCAAUAUCCCAAAAACAAUGUUUAUCUUUUAUUUUGUACAUGACAGAUGUUGUAUUAAGUUUUUGCAUAUGCUGUAUGUUUUUUUUUUUUUUUUAUGGGAGUGGGUGGGUGGAUGGGGGGUGUCUUUUCCACAGUGGAACAAAAACUAAUAUUUUUUUGGCAUUGCCUCAUGAGUAUGGCAGCACAGCCUACUUUCCAGCCCCCCCACUGAUGUGAAACACACACAUUCCUCUUUCUGUUUCAUUUUAGGCUGGCAUGCCACACACACACUCACACACACUCACUCAAACACACACAUGCACACCAUCACCAUAUAUGAAUAUUCCCUCUGAGCUUCCCUUCUUCCCGUCAGCCCCCCAGAGACUGUAAAAACAUUAGACCUGCAGUGGAGAGAGCAAGGGAUGGAGAACGCGUUAAGGAGAGGAUGGUGGUGGUGGGGAAAGAGUCAACAGAUUUCAACUCCCAAAACAGCCCAGGAAGCCCCCCAGGGAUGGAGGGAUGAGGUGAGAGAGAGAGAGGGAGAGGGAGAGAGGGAAGAAAGGAUGUCAGCAGGUAUUACUAUCACUGUCACGAGCAGGCUUAAGGAGUACCCCACCACCACCACCACCCUCCCUCCAUCAGUCUCUUUCUCUCUCCCUCUCUCUUUGCUCCUCCCACUUUACACACACACACACACACACAGUAUGAUGCUAUACAGGUGAUGCGCACACACACACACACACACACACUACCAACAGCACUAAUGCCCUGCCUGUGCACACACACACACACUCAGACACACAUGCGCACUUUGGCUCAGACUCUGGGGAGAGCCCCAGUAGGAAUCACACCACAUUUAUAACUGACAGACACCUCUUUCUAGUUCGCGUGUCAGUCUGUGAGCUGACCAAGCACACUCGUGAGGUUAUGCAUAUUGCAGAUAAUAAAUAUAAAUGAAAUAUGAAAGGAAUUCGGUGUCCUUAUCCAAACACACCUGCGCGCAGACAGUUGAGUCUCACAGUAAGAUGAGGAGAUAGACUUUGAGUGUUAAUUUCCUGUGACGACUGAGCAGACUGUACACAGUCAGGGAUGGGACAACAGUUUAAAAUAUCAUUAUCCUGACUCGUCAAUAUUUUAAUGUAUAAAUGAAAGCAGCACCCUUAACAGAUUUUCCUCCACAUCUCUACUUCAUGAUGCCUUCUGGUGGCCCUGAUGACAUCAAUCCUUCACUUUAUCUUUGAGAGACAGUUUUUUUUUAUGUUUCAUUUGGACAUCCUGAUUAUGUCAUUGUGGUUAAGCAGUCAUUGCCUGGUAUAUAAAUGAUAACAAGGGCAAUUUAUUUCUUAUUGUAUUAUACCUGAGAGUCCCACCCCUUACUAAUGCAUUUAAAUCACAGUUGGAUACUUAAACCUGAGCAAAAAUAAAAUUUCAAUUUAAUUUUAAUUAUGUCUUUGCUUAGAUGUAGAUGAGGACGAUGACCUACAUAUAGCUUCUGUGUGUCUGCGUCAGGUUCUGUGUUGAUGGAGUAUAAAGCGUAGGGUUAUUCAUGUUUUAGUGAUAGCAUCACAAUAGAGCAUAAUUAGAUGAUAAAAACUGCAGAUGGGGUGUUGGAGCGUUUCAUGCUUAAUCAAACAUGCAUGCAUCCAGAUUUUUCAGGUAUUAAGAUGAUGUUGUGUGAUUUUUUUUGUGUGUUUGUGUGUAACAGUGAGGUUGUGAAAUCAUGGCAGAGCACCUUAAACCUUUGUAAAAAAAAAAGGGGGAAAUAUGAAAAAUAUGAAUGGAAUUUGGUGUCAAAUUCUUAUUCAAACAUACCAGCGACCAGAAGUUUGAGUCUUACAGAGAGAUGAUGAGAUAUAUAUUUGUGUGUGUGUGUGUGUGUGUGUGUGUGUGUGUGUGUGUGUGUGUGUGUGUGUGUGUGUGUGUGUGUGUGUGUGUUAUUUCUGUUGCUUUAACCAGUACCACAUGAUUUUCGGCUGUGUAAUGCAGUAAUGCACAGCUUGAUCUCUGUCUCCUGAUACUCUGACUCUGAUUUCUUCUCUCUGCUUCCUUGUUCUUUUUUUUCUACUUUUAGACUUUUUUCAUUAUUUUGUUCCAAUCAAAUCUUUCAUAUGGAGCACAAGGAAUGUGGACUUUUUUUUUUUUUUGUAUCAACCCUGUGAUCACAUCCUGCAGUUGUGCGGUGAGCUGAGUAGUAUCUGUUCAAUCUCCUCUGGAUGUAUCAGUGUUCGGGAUGCUUCAUUGUUUUUUAUAGGCUGCUAAGAUAGCUUGUAGGGGUAUACACUUGCUUCCCAGACACAUUAGUAUGCAAAGCAGGGAGAUAAACACUAUACAAACAAUAAAGCUACACUUCCUCCAGGUUAAACUGAUUAAAUCGUGUCUUUGGCAUUUGAUUGAAAAGUUACAAACUGUAUAUUUUAACAGGAACGGUCAUUUUUUAAAUGAAUUGUCCCCUGUCACUGUCCAAAAGUGUGUUUUGCUAUAUUCAUCAGAACUGAUCAGAUGGUUAUAAUUCUCAGUCAGAGAGCAUCCAGAGCAGUGCUGGUGUUUUUGCACUGAAUGAAAGAGGAGGGGGUGGAAAUAGGCUCGUCCCAAAUCUCCAUAGCUGUGGCCUUGUAGCAGCAGAACUCAUGAAUCUCAUUGCUCUCUUAUUCAGCUGAAAAUGGAGUUCUUGUACGCAGUGCGCUUCCCAAAACAGUGCAGCAGACGCUCCGUGUUUAUGAUUGUCGAAUUAAUCUAUGCACUCUCUUUAAAAUAUACUGUGACAAACGCCGAGUCAUGAAAGUCAGAAAAUCCCUUACUGGCUGCUUUUUUAUCAUUAAAGGAGGUUCCCUGAUGGAUGUUUGUUGCUCUGUUGUUCUUAAUCAAAAGACGGCCUAAACAAGUGGCUUUAUAAUUUACACUGGAACUUAUUCUACUUCAGGAUUAAACACUGUACCUACCUUGUGCGUGUUAAUCUUGUAAUUUUAGGUCACAGUGGUUCAUUAGUUAAAGUAGCGCCUAGUCAUUUUUAAUCCUAAAUUAAUCAGUUAAUCCAGGUCCAGUGUCAGGCUGUUGUUAUCCCCUGUGUGAGACCGCCGUCUGCACCACUACUCCUGACCCUCGCCACUUCCUUCCUCUUUGCUCCUACCCCCCCUCCAACCUCCUGCUUUUCCCCUCUUAUUGUGUCUGAACCCUUCAUCGGUGUUGUGGAACUUAACUGGUCGUUUCUAAGAAACUCGGGCAUCCGGCCUUGAGACGGAGAACGGUAUCUACUUAAAUGUUUAAAGCAUGAAUUUGAUUUCACACACUGUAAAGAAAACUCAUAAAACGGAGUCAGGUUUAAAAGAACAUAUAUUCAGCAGGCUCGGAGCCAAAAAGAAAAGUUUAAAAACAAAAAAUGUCUGGAAUUUAAUUUGAGGCGAUGGUUAUUAGUGUGAUGCUUCUUGGGUGAAUGUGUGUGUGUCUGUGUGUGUGAGAGGGCAGGGCGGGGUGGCCGGGUGGCUGUGCGUGACUAGAGCAGGACAAAGCUGGCUGCCUGGAGGGGAAAGAAAGGGGACCUUCCUUACCCCCCGACGCACCGAGCGAUAUGAAUCUUAACGGUUGUGACGGAGAAAGAUGGAGAUGGAGGAGAGGGAGGCAUGGAUCGCCUGUGAGAGAGAGUGAGGGAGAGUGAGAGGGAGAGAGAGAGAGAGAGAGAGAGAGAGGGGCCAGUUUAGACUCCUGGGAUUCCAAAGCAGUGACCGUGAAAGUGCUUAGAUAAACAGAGAGGAAGACGGAGCGAGGGGGAAGGAGGGGAGGGAGAAGUGGGUGAAAUGGUGGUGCUAGAGAAGAGGACGAGAAGGUGUAGGCACGCUGACAGGGGGGAGGAAAUGAGAGUGGUGAAGAUGGGCUGAAAGAAAGCAGAUGGGAGCUGAAACGGAGUGUAGAAGUUUUUAAAAUAAGUUCACCAGGAGUCAGAGGGACUGAAAGGGGGGCCAGUGGACUCUAUUUACUCCUUACCUCUUGUGCCUCCCCAAUCUUUCUCCCUCCAUCUUCUCCUUUCCUCUCCUUCACUCUCUUUAAAUAAUUCAGGCCUGUUGCCUGUAUUGGAGCAGGUUUCCUUGACAUGUCUAAAGAGUGUGUGUCUGUGUGAGUGUGUGGCUAUUUCUCUACAAACCGCCUAAUAAACAGGUGCAUGGGGGGGAAUGCACACCUGGGAUAAAUAGUUCAUGUUGCCUAUCCAGCACUGACCUUCACAUCAGAGUGAGACAGACAAAACCGGAGUGUGAGUGUGAGAAGGAGAGUGUCUACAGCAUCAGAAGUGUGACCCACUUAGUACAUGAUGGAUUCUCAAAGCCAAGGCUGAUUUAUUGGCUACGUGUAUUUGCUUUGCGAGUGCCCUUUUCACCACACCGAGGAGUGGAUCUCAGUAAAUGACUGUGCGGUGUGUGUUUUAAGGGCUAUUGCUCACUUGUACACCUUAACCCACUUACACAGGUGGGGUCCUGGGAUAGACAGGUUGAUACAACACGAGCCAUACGGGUCACAAACAGGGUUCCUACGCAAGUAUGGAAAGUAUAGAAAUAAAUUUGAUCGAUUUCUAGGUCUUAAAAAGUAUGGAAAAUGAAAAAUAAAGUGUGGAAAAUAUUUAUGUUUCCAGACUUUUACCACAAUUCUAAAAUACUGUUUUCUAAAAAAGAAAAGUAGGUAUUUUUGAAAAUAAUUUUAAAAAGUAGGGUAUGGAAAAGUAUGGAAAUUCCAACUGUGUAAGAACCCUGUACUAAGUGCCUGUUUUUAGAGAAAUUUAGGAAAGUGUAUAUUGUUUAAUAAUGCUCUGUACCUCAUGUAAAGUACAUACCAUCAUACACUUUGUGGAUGAGUUGCUGCGAUGAAAAAGUUUUGUUUGGUUUUAUUCAAGUGUUUAUUUUCUAUAAUAGAAGUGUGGCAAACCGAGCACAAACGAAAGCUCCAGAGAGGUUGAAUUGAUUUACUUGGUAGCUUCAUAAAAAAUAAAACAGUCUUUGUGCUUUUAAUGUGAAAUACAAACUCAAAUAAUCAAUAUACAAACAUGUAGACAAUUACAGGAAAGCUGUUCCGUCAUUUAGUAUAAAUCUGAAAGGUCGCAAUUCACCGUAAUCUUUUAUAAGAAUUAAUAUGUCCUCGAAUUCAUGGUUAGGUCGUGUAAAAAACGGCGACAAAAUUUCUAGUUUGUGGUGAAAUAAUUUAAAAAGAAAAGUUUCAAUUUUCACCAUGUAUUAUGUAUUUUUUCAUUGAAACGUUAAAUAAUUAUCCAUUGAUAUAUUUUUUGUACCCAAUCCAAUUUUUUUUAAGCCUCAAGAAAACAACUUCAGGAUGACAUCAGUGUUACAGAACAAGCAGAUAGAUAUCCAGCUUUUACUAAGACACUAUAUUUUAUACUUCGGUCAAACCAGUAGUUGGUAAAAACUGUCCCGCUCCAGCUCAACCGUACACCAUCUGUCCCGUUGGCAUGAGCCCAACAAGACCAGUCUUUGUGUAAGUAGUGUUUACUUCAAAAGUUGACAUUAAUUUGUCCACACCCUCUGUUUAUCUGGACUUAUCUGCUCUGACGCUGUGUGCAAAGCUUAAGGGCCCCAAUGACAAAGUUAGUACAUAAACAUGAGACAAAUGAUGUUGACACAGUGGACCGGCUCAGCUGCCACUUUGUAGCGAUGCACUUUGAUAGAUUUCAUCAAUAGUUUGAGUCAUGCUGUUUUUUUCUGCGUCCACCCAUCUUGGCUGUCACUGUCUCUCUCCUCUGCCGCCUUCAUCCGUCCUGUUGAUGUCUAGGCGUCGAUGUACUGUCGCUUUAUUCAGGUCUAUGUAUAAGAGCCUGGCACCUGUACAGAUGAGGCCUGUAUUUACACUGCAGCUCCAUUUAGACUGCAGAAACAUGCAGAGCACUCAUUACUCUGAGGUUUAGGCUGUCCGACAGUGGGAUGCAAGGGGAAAAAAAAGACGGAUGGAGCGAAGGAUGGAUGGGUGGGGUGUUGACUUGGCUCCAAUCCCAGCUUUGGAUUGGUUGUUGUCCUGGCAACGGCACGUCUGACCUUAUUUACCCCCUCGCACACCCCUUUGCUGUACGUGGGCUCCGUUCUCGCUCUUGCACCUCUCUUUUUCCCGAACACUUUUUCUCGUCACUUUUCUCCGCUCCAGAGCGAAAAUUCUCCUGCAUACUCCUUUUUCCCCCCACCACUCCUCUUUGAAGUGUGGCCACCUCAAUGCAGACAAGGUGAGGGUCAUGUCAGGUAACAUUUCUAGCUGCCGCCAUGCUGGUGGUCAUUCAGAGGCAACAUUUCGGCUUGGAAUAUCUUUGGUCCAACAGCGAAAAUAUAAACGGGCCAUGGACUGCAAGGCUGCAACUCUUGUCCAGUUAUAUUGUGGUAAUUUCAUACCUCCCAUGGAAAAGUCACUGGAAAGCUUAUUUUAGGAUCAGACUAGACCUCACAUGGAGAGCGCUGCUUAUGCAUGACAGAGCUCUGCCACAAUGGGGGAUGAUGGUUUCUGCAGACCUGCAGCCGUAUCAAAAUGGUUCCGAUGGAUUGGUUUCCAUACUGAUGGGUCCUGUGGGCCUGAAUCGUGCAAUUUCCUCAGCUCUUGGCGACUGGAGCUAUACAUCCUGUUGUGCUGCUGAGUCCCACAGAAUGGACAUAGGAGAACCUUUACCAUAACAGGCAGAAAAUAGGGUCUGUCUUAACCUGAGGCUGAAAGGCCUUUUAGAGCUUGAAGCAGCAGCAGGUGUGUGUUCUUGUGUGUAUAUCUGAGGGUUUUAUCUGUCUGUAAGUGAUGUGGAUGUAUGAGUCGGUCUGCUGAUCCAUGCAGUUUAAACGCACUGGUCACUCAAUGAUGCUGUCAAGGCAAGAAAGGUGCAACUAAUCGCUCUAUCAAAGCUAAACACAAACAACCGCAGUGAUUGUUGCUAUAAAUGACAAUAAAGAAGGAUCGGCAGUUUGGCUUAGUGGUAUAGUGCUGUGCCCCGUGUGCAGAGGUCUGUAUCCCCCACUCUCUCUCCCAGUUUCCUCCUCUUCCUGCUGUCCUAUCCUCUCUGAAUAAAGGCAUAAAUGCCCAGAAAUAUGACCAAAAAUGACAAUAAAGAAAAAGGAGAAGCUUUGACUUCCUUUAGCGAAAGGAAAGUGCAUCCCCGAGGAAAUUAUUCCGCAAGGUGGUAAGCUGCUCAGGUCCUUUUGCAUACCAAUUGAACUUGCAUAUAAAAAAGCACAGACUUAUGCGGAUAGAGACAGAAAAGGGCAGAAAAAAGCUCUAAAGUUCAUGUUCAAUAGGCAUAUGGAGAUUGGGAGUUAUUGAAAAGACAGCAUAUGAUCUGGUGUACAGAAGAGAUCCACUUCCUGCUGACCUUGACAGAAGCACACACACUCUCACGUUGGCAUACCAAACAGGAAAGAGAGAUAAGAGCAACAACUUGUUCCCCUUCAAGUCCUUCUUUCCUUUGAGUGAGGAAAGGUUGAUUACCAUCUUUGGCCAAAGUUUGACGGCAACGAUGAUUCAAAAGAGAUGGCGUCUGCAAGGUCUCAAGGGUGUGAGGUUGGAUUGGGGGGUGGUAAGGGGAUUUUCAGCCAGCUGGGCAGGCGGGAUGAGGAGGUAGGGGGCCCCAGAUGGUCAGAGGUGGGGGGUGAAGUCGUUGUUUGUGCGCGUUGAGGGGAGUAAGCACCAGGUUAGACACAACAUUGGAGUUCGGGCUCUGGACUCAGCAUGGCUUUGUGUGGGCGUGGAGGGGGGUGAACAGGAAAAGAGGGGAUAUCAUGGGGAGGGUUGUCCUGAUUCUGCUCUGUUUUGCAUCUUCACAGAGAGAGAGAUUAAGUAGGAGAGGAAACAGGGAACAAAAAGGUUUGAAUCAUGUAAAGUCUUUGGUAAAUGUUCAGUAUCGAGUAGAUGAAGUUUCUUUUUUCGACUCUGAUUGACCAACAAAUGAGUAAAGCCCAACAUUUGUAGGAUUCCUUUCAUUUCCUCCUCUAACGAUUGGAAAGCCUGAGGAGCAGGGGGACUCGGAAGAUUUUGAGACUUUAAGGAAAUGUUCUUUUUCUCUGAACUGUCCCUGUGUUGUUUUUUCCGCAAACUUCCCUCAUACUUUCCCUCCAAUCAUUCCUAACAGCACAGGUCCGUUUUCUCAUGAAAGCUAGCUCUUUUCACUCACCAAACAUACUUCUCUCUCUUUUUUUAUCACUUAGCACCAGAUCAAUUAAUUAACAAACAUAUUCAUCAUUAGUCAGACUAGAUUUGACUAAAACUUGGUUUUAAGACUGAAGAUAUCCUCAGAUAAUGACUUGACAGAACAGUAAGGGAUGGGUGAAGAGAUUGGGGAGCAAGGCCCAGUGUCAAACAACAACGUGUGGUGAGGUACCAUGCUAGAUCAGGCUAACAGGAUAGUCUAUUAUGUAUCAUGUUUUCAGGGUAGUCAUCCUUAUCUCUAUGUGCUUUACAUUCGGAGAACUACAUUCAAAGAGCUUGCUCUUAGUUAUGCUAUUACCCUGUAUCAAAAACCAUCAGUCCAUGUUCCCCAUGUAAACCUGUUUAAGGUAUUCACCACAGUGUAAAUUCAACUAAAACCUACUGCUUCAGGUCUGCACAUUUCUCUAAAGCAUUAGGGACAUAGUGAGGUUAAAAUGAAUUACAGAUUUGUGAGCUUACGUAGUUAUGUAAGGAGAGUCCGCUGAAUUUUUUUUUCUCGCAUCCGUAACCUUGUAUCCUUUUGUUUCUGUGCUCACAGCACUUUCAGUUUGUCCUGUCAGAUUUUCAGAAGUAAACUUUGAAGUAAUAUCAGAUAUCCAAGUACAUUUAAAUAUGUAAUAUUAUCAGUGAUGGCCUUUUUAUGAGCCUCUGACGAGGGGCCUGCUAAAGUCAUACAGGGUUGAAUAUUUGCCACAUUUACCUGCAGUGGCGCCUCCUUACUGUAGUUUACUGAGAUUAAGAGGGCCAAGAUUGACCAGGUUACAGCUUGAAUGAUAACUUCUCUCCCAGAGUUCCAAUGAAGGUCAAAUUUCUGCUGAAAAUAGUCCAAGUUUUGGAACUGUACUCUGCCUGCCAAAAUCACCUGUCCAUCACUGACCAAUCAAAAUCAAGAAGGGGCGGGAGAUUAAAAUCAGCUCUUUCAACAACAAUUCGAGAGGAGCUAGCUGAACUCGUGUCUUUGAAAGUACAAUUUUCAGGUCUGUUGCUGCAGGUGUCAGGGUUUAAUUUUACUACCCUUGAAUGAAAGCAUGUAAAAGAGUUAUUGAUUAAUCAGAGUAUUUAUCAAAAUGACCAAAGUGUGACACCAAGACUACUCACUCAGCCAGUUUGUAUGUAAUGCUGCGUUUUAGUUACCUUGGAAGUCAGAUGUUGGAGCUGGGAAUGACGCUACACUCGAGUUGACGGCGUUCCAGUUAACAAGUCGGAAAACCUGUUGUUAGCUGUUGUUUACAAUUGUCAGCUGUCGUUAGCCGUUGUCAGUUGUUGUUAGUUGUUGUUAGCGAUACCAGUUGUAAACAAUGCACAACAUAGUAUUUUACUCUACAAACACCAUAUCACUGAGUUCACAGGUAGACGUUGGGCAGCACAACAUAAACCACUUAUUCAAUUUCACAAAAACAGAACAGAAGUGCUAAUAAAUGAUACAUUACAAGAGCUUUCACUGUUACUCUUUACUGUCGAUGCACUGCACUGCCAUCUUGAAUUAUGACGUUGGUGUCAAGUCGGGUUGGCGAGGAUCGUCCGACUUUCUGAGUCGGAAAUCCGACUUCAAGGGGGCGUUCCAGCUGAGUUUCUGACUUUGAUCCUGGGAAUCACGACUUUAGAGUACAACUGGAACGCAGCAUAAGCCUGUGUGAAACUGUAUGCCUUUGUUUUUAUUGGGAUCAGUGACUCACCUAUCAUCUGUUCAUCUGUCUUCAUGUUGCUCAACCUCACCCAUCAAGUGCAUCAAAAAUAAAGAAUACUGUUUUAGAAAGUCUUCCCCUAAGAAAGAGAGAAAAAACUCACCAUCUUACUCGUAGUGCUGCUUCAGCAGCUGCCAUCAAGGCUGAAGCUGUGUCAUGCUAUGCUCAGCCAAGACACAGUGACCACAGCAUGCUGUGCCCAGUCAGAAUAGUGACCAGUUAGCCAUCGGCCUGCUGUGAUUGGCUUUAGAAGAACUGAGGCCUUCCACCAAGCAUACUCAGCCUCCCAUCAUCACCGCAAGGCUCAACAGACUCUGACUGAGGGCUAGUCAGCGUGUCAUUACAGGAACAAGGAGGUUUAUUUAAAAAACAGUAUCUGCAGCGUGCACAUAAAUCCUUCACAGGUGAUCUGUAGUUAAAUGUAAGCAAGAAAUUAGCAUUUUCAUUGUAAUGGAAUAUUAUUAUCUGCCUGUGUUUCUGUGCAAUAGUUGCGUUAAGUGCCCAAGUGUAUUCAGUAUGCACAGUGUGCAGCUGCUGUGCGUGAUGGAGUAUCUGUUCUGUAUUCCUGAAGCUGUGUUGUGGGAUUGUUGCUCCUUUAAUUAUUCUCUCAUAUUAAAGGAUCAAAGGUCUCCGGCACAGUCAAGCCCCUGCAUUUCAUUAUAAGUACGCGCACACACAUUCACACACAUUCUCACACAAAUACCCAUGUGUGAAGCGUGCACACACUUGAACACAUUGGGAGGACAUCGGUUAGGUCCAAUUUUUGAAUUUUGAAUGGGAUUUCCUGUAAUCAUAAAAAGGAUAAAUGUUGGCCUUUUCAAGUCGUCCGUUGAAGAGCGCAGCGUGUUCGUUUUGAUUCGGCUCCUCAGUGAGAUUUUUCUUUAUCAACGGAGAGCUUGCACCAGUCCUCAGAAGGGUGUCGCUGAUCACCCUCUGGCAUGAGGGUUACAGCAUGUUUUAUUCUCCUGAAAUUACUUUCAUGUCCAAACACACACACAAAUGUGUAUGUGAGUGUGUGUGUUUGUGUGUGUGUCCUCUCCCCUCUGCUUCAUCACAGCACCAGACCAAUCCUCUCCGCUGCUUCCAGACGAUCCUCCCGCUGAUAGGCUGCUCCAGCGCCCCUCUCUUUUACACCUACAGCUCUCCGGUUCUCCCAGGAUGCCACUGUGCUGUCACCACUUUGGGUGCACAGUGGCUGGCAGGAGCAGAAAGAGAGGAGGGAGGAGGGGGGAUUGCUGAGUGUAAUUAGGGCAUGAGCAAGCCUACCAGGGCCAGGAAGAGAGAGAGGAAGGCAAAGGAAGGAAGUAAGGGAAGAGAAAAGGAAAGAUGACAGUUUGACAUCAGUGAAGCACACUGUCUCUGUAAUUGCCGGCGUGCAUAUGGCACGAGGCCGGGGCUUGUUGAAGAGGAGGGGUUAUGUAGGAUGGAGCGGAGUCAGAAAUAGGUGGGAGAGCAGGGGGGGUGGUCUCUCUGAAGCAGUUGGUUUUGGAUGAGUGUGUGUCACCCAAAAGAGGAGGGAAAGAGGGUGAAGGGGAAACAGGACAUGAUGAGAGAUGGAGAGGAAACUUGGAGUGAAUGACGUGUGGCAGAGGGUGCUGCAUGUUGACACAGGACACAUCAAUUAUUACACAUACACACACUUUUCCACAGCAAGAAAACAUUUCUGUACAUCAGGAAAGCACCACAGGUAGCGCCAAGAAACUAGCUGCUGUGUGUGCGUAUGUGUGUGUGUGUGUGUGUGUGUGUGUGUGCGUGCUAAAAAGGCUUAUGUGCUUUGGUGUUCCUUUAACCAGACAAUAGAGUACCUUUGUUCAUCUGUAAUUAGCACAUCCAGGUAAUAGAGAUAUCCGACCUGGCCACACACACUUACAGACACAAACACACACACACACUUACAGACACACACCCUUACAGAGACAUCCACAGAAAGGAUAUUGAUCAGUGGAGAGUGUGUGCGUGUGUGUGUGAGUGUGUGUGUCCUGAGCAAGCAAUCCAGAUCGAUGGCGUCCUGUCCCGCUGAUAGAUUGCCAAUUCUGUGCGCUAGCUAUUGAGCAGGAAGCAGCUUUGGUGAAACCUGCCUCCAGGGUCUCACCUGCUUUUUCACGCACACAGAAACACACUCACACAGACACACACACACACACACACACACACGCACACACUUUAGUGCCUUUCUGCUCCAUUAUCUCACUCAGGAACGUGCACCACUGCACCAACAUUCGAGCUCAAAGUUAACAGAAAGCGCGGAUGUCUAUUUCAGUUUUACUCUCGGGCGGUUUCUUGUCAUUUCUUCUCUCGUUGCUCGCUCCAUCCAUCUUUGGACCACCUCAGUCUGCUGCCUCUUGUCAUGUCUAUCUGUUUCAUUUCAUGACUUCUAUCUUCUCCUCUUUCCCUUCUCUUCCUCUCAUUUAUUCUUUUGCUGUCCUUUCUGUCCGCCUACUUAACUUCAGACUACUCAUGCUGCCCAGCGCCGCCCUCACCUCCCAUCCCCUCCCCUCCCUCCUCCACGCUCCUUUUUCCCUCCCAUGUUCCCCUCGACUGGCUCCCAGCACUCCCUUUUUCCUCUCUCUCUCCCCUCCGCUCUGUCACCCCUCUAUAAAGACUCCCACUGAUGAACCUGAACCCUCUGCCCAAGCUGCAUCCUGACCCUCGUCCUUUUUUCUCUCCUGCGCUCAACGUGAAGAGGAGUCCAAUUAAAGCCCGUCUCCUCUCUUUCUUCCACUCCGCUGUUCUUCUCCUCUCCAUGUGUCUGCACUCAGACUCUCCAGGGUCACUAAUUAAAACUCUUUACUUUCUUUUUUCCUUUACUCCGUUAAGUUAGUUCACCUGUUCACUCAACUUUUCCUCUUCUUUUGGUUUCUUUAUUCAUUUUUCCGGCUCCACCUGUCUGCUCCAGCCUCAUCUCAAUAACCUCACUUUUCAUCCAUCCUCCACUUCAGUCUCAUCUCAUGUCACUGCCACUCCUUCCCUCCAUUUGUCACACAUUUCACUCCUCAUUUCUCUCUUCUGCUCUGAUUUUUCAUGUGGGGUUACACUCCGCACAAAGUUGUAUGAUCAUACUUUGUCUUGUCUUCUCCUCCUCCAUAUUAGCUCGUACACGGGGAACUCUUUAUACAGCAGCUGACAGGAAGUCAGGAUCUACAGUCUGAAGGAGCAUGCAUAAUGCAGCUCUUCUGUUCUAAUGAUGCUGUCUUGUCCGGAGUUGUUGUUAUGCUUAAAGCCAGUCAACCCUGACUGAAGAGGGGGGUUGUAAAUGCACACGCACGCCUGCAUAAGUCAGUACACGCCUGUAAAUCUGUAGCGUGUCGAGAGAAAGUGGAAAGCUGAGUUUGUUUAAUGCUCAACUCCCCUCAGUGGUCUUCAUUAGCAUAUGAAUUGUUGUACCAUCUUGGUUUUAUCAUUGAUAUUUUGCUAAAACAACUCCACAAAUCUUUGCUUUAUCACCCUGCGUAAUUGUUUUGUAUGAUAUUGAUGAACUAUCCAUCUGCUGUAACCGUCCACUUUCCUCCAGGCACAAAGGAAUGAUGAGAAACUCCUCAUCUGUCUUCUUCCUCUCUCUGUCUUGGAUUAAUCACCUCCUCUUCUUCCCCUUCGGUCAUGUCUCACUCAGUGUAAUCAUUUUGUCAAAUAUUAAUGCAGUCGUCAUCCUCCCUCACAGGUUAGCAGCAGGAGAUCUGUCCGUCCAGGUGAAUCUGAAUGACUACCUGGACAUUUACUGCCCAUACUAUCCAAACAAGGGGAGUGUGGGGAAUGGGCAGCCAGAGACGCUGGCCCUCUACCUGGUGGCAGAAGCCUCCUUCCAGGGCUGCGUGGAGACCAGGAGAUCCAUCAAGAGGUGGGAGUGUAACACCCCCUUCGCUCCCUUUGGACCGGUCCGCUUCUCUGAGAAGAUCCAAAGGUUUACACCAUUUUCGCUGGGGUUCGAGUUUCUACCAGGGCGACAUUACUACUACAGCUGUGAGUAGAGGAUGUCAUAAUUGAAUAAAUUAGAAUUGAAUUAUUCUCUCUUUUUAUCUCUGCUUAUAUCCUUUUUACUCAUGCACUAGGACUGCACAAUACAGGGAAAAAAGCUACUGCAACAUAGGGGUGGGAGAAAAAAUUGAUACAGAAUAGUAUCGCGAUAUUUUAUCUGGUGAUAUAUUGUAUCGUCUCAUUUAUCAAGUAUCGAUUUUUCAAGAUAAUUGCUAAAAUGAAGUCAAAUCUAUGAUAAUAGAAAAAUAAGAUCAACUGUUUGUCCAGUGAGGUUGGCAGAGGUGACAUCAUAGAGCAGGAGAAAGUUUGUACAACAAAUUAUAUAAAAGGUUUGCAAGAUGUACCACAUGAAAAUAAAAUACAGCGUAAAUAAAACAAACAUUAAGGAAAGACAAAUGCUAAAUUAGCUAAAGAGUUGAAAAAUUGUAUGAAUCGCAAUAUAUUGUAUCACAAUACUCACUGUAUUGCAAAAUGUUAAAAAUCCCAAUAAUAUCGUAUCGUGAUAAUAUCGUAUUGGGAUAAUCGUAUCGUGAUAAUAUCGUAUCGUGAUAAUAUCGUAUCGUGAUAAUAUCGUAUCGUUGGGGCCACUCGUGAUUCCCACCCCUACUGCAACAUGAAAAAUACAGGAAGUUACACUGAAUAUACUCAGUGUGUUUUGAUGUACCUUCUAUCAAAUUGAAAUUUUAAAUGAAACAAUUACACUUUAAUUUUCAGAACUACUACAUACUUCUACCACAGUGGGUCCAGCCCUCUAACACCUGCAUGGAGAAGUGUGAAGCAACACACUUCCAAACUUUUCUAGUGUGAGCUGUUGACCCGAUUUUUUUUUUUUUUUUUUCCUGCGUCACCCACUUUGUACAAGUAACUUCCAAUAGUAACAUCCAAACUCUCUGUGGUCCUGUCAGUGGUCUGCAUGUGUGCUCACAAAGUAAUGGGCAGUGGGUGGAGCAGGAAUCUUGAGGAGGAGCUGCAAAAAUGUUUUUUUUUUGUUUGUUUUUUUUUUCUGUGGUCUUAUCAGAAAAUAUCUGACUACUUAUCUAAUUUAGUACUAAACACUUUUUUUCAUAUUCAGAAACUUAUCUGUCAUAUUUGGGACAUAAGAUGCAAACCAGUUUAAUGAAAUUAAUAUUUAAAAAAAAAUCAAUGGACUACAUGCAAUGACAAAAAAGUGAAAAGUGUCCGUAACCAUUUCCUAUAGAUGAUCCUAAGAUUGCAUUUUCAGACUGAUGGUUGGGAAUCAUUUUUCUGUCCAGUGAUAAACUACCCAAGUAUGCUAUGUUCACUUUAGAAUAAGUCGGCGAUGUUGGGAAUUUUUGCUUGCAAAAUAACUUUAAGCCCUUGAGAAGCUGAACUCCUAUUACAUAUUCAUGGCUCAGUAAGUGAAAAUCAAAGUCUGAGCUCUGAAAGGAGCUAAAAUUGUGUAACAUUUUAUCCUUAGGUAACCCUCACCCCAGGAAUUAAACUGUAACAACUAUAAAAACCCUGUGUUAGCAGGACUUUUAAUCAGUAAUUACUAGUUGACUACCGAAGUCUCAGAGAUAGUUUUCCUUUCAUUUCAGAUUUAGAAGUUAUCAUCUUAACUCUAUAGUUGGUAUGGCUCUCACUAAGUACAGAGAGUUCUUUUUAGUUCUCGUUUUUGUUUGGAUAAAGUAAACAGAGUGAAAAAAGGAAAAACAUGUAAAUGCUUCCAUUCAUAGGACUAUUCGAGGACAUGUUGGAGAAAGUGGCGUGUUGAAAGAUGCAGUUUCAGCCAGUUUAAUGAGCCUUUGAGUGUUGGCAAACUGCAGCUUAUAGUAUUAACAUUUUCCAUAAAUUCCCGGUGAAUGACAUUAAUUUGGUGUUUUCUGAAACCUGUAGGAUGUUACAUUACAAUCACACUUUCCAGUGCUCCUCUACCUUCACUCAUUUCCUUCAAAGCUCUGGAGGGACAGGAGAUAGUUUAGUUGAUUAUUUUUGCUCUCAAUUUUUACAACACCUGGUGUCACUCCUGCCAAGAGGAAGAGGAAGAGAAGGACACGAAACAAGGCAGGGAAUGAAAGAGUCAAGGUGAGAGCAGGGUAUGGAGGGGUGACAACAAAGUGACAGAGAGGGACCCGCAAUGUGAAGGGGGAAGAAAUGGAGAUCAAUACAAGAAGACAAGGAGGGAGAAGAAAAAAAGGCAGGCAGAGGUAGAGGAGCGUGGAGGAGUGACAGAGAAAGAGAAAUCGCAAAAGAUGGACACAGUCUAACAGUACAGGAAGGGGGAGGGGGGGUUAGAUGAGAGGAAUCUGCUGAAAGAAAAGUGAGAGCAACAAAAGGGAUGGAUCAGUCGAAGGGAAAGAAAGAAUCUUUACAUAAAUUACUGUUGCGGGUCCAGGGGACAAUGGAGCAUUGUAAGGGCAUGAGAGAGUGGUUUUUACACACACAGCAACACACAUGUAUAUAUGUACACACCAAAACACACACUGGGCUAUUGUGGCUGCUCAGGCCAGUUCAGAGAAAAGCAACAAUGGGUGCCCCCCUCUAGGUUGAACCGCAUCGGGGGCAGAACGAUUGUGUGUGUUUUGUCCACAUCAAAGAUAAGGCGUAAAGUUGGUCCAAAUGUCUGGCUCUGGGGUUUGUGUACUGAAUGGACCCGCAGCACUGGAGACAGAAUAAUGGCAUUAGACCAGUACAAUAGUAUUAGAAACACUAAUGGCAUUAGUUGGCUCAGCUGCUCUCUGUGGCUCCCACAGGCUAUGACACUGACAGCAUACUAUCCAUGAGUGUCUGCCCACUGCAUGUGUGGAUCCCCACAAACAUGAAGCACCUUUACUUCCUGUGAGAGUCAGCUGAUCCUGACAGAGAAACGCCGAGAGUCGUGAUCACACGAAGAGCUUAGUUAAAAAAAUGAAACUCCAGAAACACAAAAACACGUCCUCAUUACUUUUAAAACAACUAAUUAAACUAAAAAAAUGGAAAAGGUAAAUAUGAUGAUUACGUUACUAAAUAAAUCUCAGAAAUCUAAAUGACUAACACACAAACUAAAUGACCAAAUGAUUAAACCUUCCAACCACCCAAACAAACCCCCUCCUGUCGGGUCCGUGUGUUGCUCAAGAUGGUUGAGAAACUGGCAGGGGGUCGCCCAAUCAACCAGCCCUCUCUGCAGGGUCUGGGGGCGGCUGAGACAAGGUCACUGCCGCUCGAAAGGAAACUUGAAAGGAACGAAGGAGCUGUACAAACUCAGGACAAACAAAAUUCAGUGAACAAAGAUGGAGCUGAGCUGACGAGAGAUUAAUAUUAUUAUUUUUCCUCCUUAAAUCAUUUAUUAUGAUCAUUAUUUUUAAGUAAUUCCCUUAAAGCUGGUUAACUAGACUCAGAUAUCAAUUUGACAAUACCUUGUGGUCAAAGAAACGCACUGAAAUUAAUAAACGCAGACCAACGGACACACAACUGAAGUUUGACGGACACUAAAAACCUAUUUGUUAUGGUAUGCCAUAAGUAAUGUCACAAAUAUGCAGGUCUCAGGAUGUUACAGCUAAAAAGAUUAUUGAGUCCUGCUGAAAUCUGACUUAAUGUACUUUAUUGUGGUGCCCCUGGAUCCAGUACAUGCUUACAGAAACUCUGAAAUCCUCUGCUAACAGUGAAUGCUUUUACUACAGCACCCAAAUAAUAAACAUGUUAACAAAGGCUGCAACUAAAGACAUGAGCAACAACAACUUAUUAAAUACAAUCGAAACACACUACAUAUUUAAAAAAGUGCUGCAGAAGGGAAACAAACAAACAUAUUGGAAGCCUUAAGGGAGAAAAACAAAACCCAGAAAAUGUGUGCAGACCCACCAAAUCCAGAAAGUCCAAUUAUUUUGCGAAUAGAGCCUGUAUUCUCGGGGUCGAGGAGUCUCCAUCUUUGUAAUCGUUUGUGUAUUCAAACAUUUCUGUUGUUCUUUUUCUUUUAAAUUGGGUUUGAAUCUGAAUUUGAAGCACAUGUAUCCUGAGAAAUAUUCUUCUUUUUUGCCAUCUUAAGGAAUUUGCUCACAUGUGCUAUUGUCGUUAACUUUAGACUUUAGUCAAUGUCAAUGUCAAUUUUAUUUGUAUAGCACAUUUAAACAGCCAGCGGCCUACCAAAAUGCUUUACAAUAACGAAGCAGUAGCAAUAAAAGCAGGUCAUACACAACAAACAGCAGCAACAAAAGACAUGUAACAUAUAAAUGUAAAUAAAAACAAAUAUAUAACCAAUACAAGUAUCAUACUCCGUCAAAAGCUAAGGUGAACACGUGCGUCUUCAGUUGGGUUUUAAAAGUAGAGAGACUAUUUGCAGUGCGCACACUUAGGGGUAGUGCCUGUAGACUCUUACAUCCUUUAAAUGUCCAUUUUCUGUGGGUUUAUGUUCCCACAUCAGACUUGUGUGUGAAAUUCAUAACAGGCCACGUCAACCGAAACUUUUUCAAAUGGAGGAGAAUUAAGUUGAGUGUCUAAGAUCCAAUCCUGAAAAAAAAAAAAACUCAAGGUUGACCUUGGGUACGAUUUUUGUUUCAAAUUGAAAUAAUCAUUCGCUGAAAUUUGAACAUUGCAUCACAUUUCUGUCAGAGUUGGCGCUCAUAUUUGAUUUAUAGUGUAUAAUUUUCAAAGUUUCCCUCGAGUUUUCUGCAUUUCGCCGAAAUUGCUCACUGAUUCCUGAAAUUCAUCUCCGAUCCGACACGUUCUUGCGAGUAUUUCGAGACGUUUUCCUUGUUGUUGCUGAGGUUUUGUCCUUCUGAGAUGAGCCCUCUUAGCCACUGUAGAUAGCGCCUUAUCACCUCCCUCCUGUUAUUCUGUGCUGUAUCUUAUCAGCUGAAAUUAGAGAUACAAAGUGAGACAGACUACCUGCCAUCACGCACUCAGCUUGUGUGGAGAGUCCCUGUUGAGUAAGCAUCUGUUUGUGAGUAAUUCUAAUAUAAAGCCUUUAAAGUGCAGUUUCUGGGCAGAUUUGUUUUAUGAAAGCAAUACUCCGCUGACAGGUAAUACAGCUGAUGUUUGCCUGUUUCCCCUUGUGAGCUGUGAUCAGUAUUGAUAUCGGAGCAGUUGCAGACUUUUAUGGCUGCACUCUUCAUUUUGUGUUAUAUUGUUUUUAUUUGGUUGUGCAGAUAAGUGUGAUACAUGUCGGUCUCGGCGACACAAAGAUAUGAUGCCAUUCGUCACUCGUAUGUACCAAAAUGAGGCGUUGAGGUGAUGGAAACGGGGAAACAACCGCUGAUCUGGUCAUGUAAAUCCUUCAAAAUUACCAAGAGAGCGCUCAAAAAGUGGAUUUAAUGGAAAAUUCAAUUCAGUUUCGACACAUUUCUCUUUUAUUUGACAUAUUAGCAUUUUGCAGUGUUUUUUAAAGCCAUCGCUCUGUUUCUUUUUGUUCUUUCCAGCUCUGCCCACAGAUGAAGGCCCUCCUCUGCCAUGUAUGAAGUUGCGUGUCACCGUGUGCUGCGAGCCUAGUGAGUAGACUCCUCUUUUCAUCUGUUUUUCCUUUCAUGCUUUACCCUUUUUUCACACCCUGUGCCUCCUCUCUUCGCCUCUCUCAUCUUUACUAUCAAGGCAGCGUAGCAAGAUGUUUAGACUGCUACUCAUCUCCACGACUAUUCCCUCUGUUUUCUGCCUUCUUUUUUGAACAAGUGCUGCUUUAAUCUUCCACUUUUUAUCAAUGGAAAUUAGUGCAGCUCUUCUUUAUAUCCUUACAUUAACUGCAGCUUGAAAAAACAUUACACUUAUCUCUCUCAAAAAUCACCGCAUGAAUCUCACUUUUCACUCUCCUUUGGCUGAGUUUACCAUUUACACAUGGCGUUAAAUUUCCUUUUAACAACAGGUUCAGGUUGGAAGCUAAAAGGCUUUUAUAACGCUGUGCUGCAGGUUGUAAAUUAAAUUAUCCCACAUUGUGUUUCUCUCUUUAACUCUGAGGAAAAUGCACAAAAGAUUGUCUUAAAUUAGACACCAAUUGGACCCAUCUUCCAUGACCGUUUGGCUACCUUUGUUCCACAGCUGAUACCAGCAUGUUCUAGAUAAACUAGCACCGCCUUACAUUACAUUAGCAAGUUUGUAAGCUACAUUUGAGGAUGUGUGCAUGUAGCAUGAUAAAGGUUCAAAUGUUGCGUUUGCUAGAUAGCGGCGCAAACGACAGAUAGCAUCUUGUAGCACGGCGCAGUUGAGCAGUAUGGCGAACUGGUUUGAGGGGAUAUUUUGAAGCUCAAGUGCACCUCUCUUCUCCCUCCUCCACCCCUCCCUCCAUUGUCUCUCUCUCUCUCCUCUCUUUCUAACCUGCUUGUCUCCCUCAUUCUCCCACUCUCCAUCUCUCCGUCCCACUGUGAAAUUCCCAGCGUUGAUCUAAUCCAGAGUGCGCCUGGAGUAAUGUUAGUCUUCCAGUCCAGUGAGCUGCCCAUUCCGGUUGGGAAUGUUGCCCAGUCACUGUGGGAAUCCCUGUACAGUUGUUGGAGUGUGUGUGUGAGUGUGUGUGUGUGUGUAAGAGAGAGAGCAUUUAUACAACUCUGACCAUUCAUUUUUGUUCCUUGCACUUUGUGUUUUUGUGCAUGAGUCUGUGAGCCUUUCUGGAGGUUGCAUUUAUACAAAUGUGCGUGCGUGUGUGCGACCUCAUAAGCAUGUCUGAUACGUCUGUCCCAGUUCCCAUCCCAGUGCUAUCUACAGGGGGGCCUGUCGUGCCGUCCCAGGCUGAACGAACACACACACAGACCAACUGCUCGUGAGGAUGUGUGUGUGUGUGAACCAUUCAUUAAAAUCCCGACAUGUUUUUUAACGAACACCUCCCAUCAUGGCCGCCUUGAUUAGAUUUAUGACGCAAAGUGGAGAGAAAAUAUUAAAAACUGGAACAAGAAAGAGCCCCAUCCGUCUCAAAUGAAUUGCUAAAUGCCAUCACUGUUCCGGUGCGAGACGGGGACUAAUUUGCUGCACUAUUACCACAGUGAAGGCUGAUGACUUUUUUUAUAUGUUAAUUAUCCUGCUGUUAUUAAUUAGAAAUACCAGAGAUAGUUUCUCAGCGAGCAAAUGCUAAUGUCGUCUUGACCUUCUGACAGAAUUCCCUGAUCAGAUUAUUGGAGCCAGAAAAAAAUCAAAGUAUCUGAAAUCACCUGGACUCGCCUCGACACACAGAGAUGCGUGCGCAAACACACAAACAUGCACACUUGACUUCACCGUUUAAGCCCAUUACUCCACAUUAGGAAGAUUUCAACCCACAAAGACACACAUCCUUCCAUUUACUGUCUCCCUUUCUUGUCUUUUUUCUCUCCUUCUCAUCCUGUUCUUUAACCAAAACUAAUCCAGACUACAUUUGAGGAUCUCCCUGUCCUUGUCUUUCGCACCCCCCCACCCCAUCCCACCCUCCGUCCAGUUUUUUCUUUCUUUCUAUUUUAGUCUUCUGUCAUUCCUGAAGUGGCACUAAUCCUCCCCUUCUCUCUGUCUUCUCCGCUCUCUCCUCCCUUCCUCAUUUUUUAUGAUCUUUCACUACUGGAGCAAAACUAAUCUAGGUGCCAUCCACAGUCCCCCCCCACCCUCUCUACACACACCAUCCCAAGGCUCCUCCACCUUUCCUAUCUUCUCUAUCUCUUUUUUUGUAUCUCCAUUUAUACAAUAGUCUCUGCUCCAUCUCUGUGGUGUGUGUGUGUGUAUGUGUGUGGCGAUGAGGAGGCAUGAGGCCGGAGCGAGGGGAUGAGAUGAAGAAAGAGAUGAAGGAGAGUUGCAGGGUCUUCCUGUCUUUUUCCUCCUUCACUCUUCGGCUGUCCAUUAGUGGUGGUUUACCACAGCUCUUGUUGUGUUGCUCCCUGUGGUAACACCUUACAUACUCUCUGGUUCCUUCCUGCUCAGACUGCCUUUUAUCUGACAGGUAGCAUGGCAGCAGAGCUAGUGUGUGUGUACGUGCGCAUGUGUGUGUGUGUGUGGCCUUUGGUCAUGGCAGCCUUUCUUGUCCUUCAGCUACAUCUCUUCUGGUGUGCCAACUUCAAACCCCGCACCUCUCUACCAUAACACUUUUUUUCCCCCCAUCCCAGAAGAAGCCCGUGUGAUUAAAGGGUAGUUCCAGGAGGGGAUGCCCUGCUGUAGCUCUUUGAAUUAAUUACCAGAAAAGACACACACACGCACACACACACACACACACACACCUUUGUCACAUUAGUCUGAAGGACAGAGUGCUGACAGUGAGAGGGUCCGUCAGGUAUGCUGUCAUUGCUCCAAGGUGAGCCACCAUUCACCAGUCCCUCUGUCUCCUCUCUGGUGUGUGAAAACUUGUGUGUUUAUCACCUUAAUUUAACCCGAGAACACAGACCAUCACACUCAGAGGCGCAGGAAGCUCUUAAUGAACCUAUCCUGCUUGUAGAUCGCAGCACAGUAAAGAAUAAUUCUGCCUCUCUCGGGUUCGAUUUCGUUUUUUUCCGCUACGAUUUGAUGUGUAUUUGAACACACUGCUGUCGAGUCUCGUGCCAGAGAAAGAGCUUAGCAGAAAGGUGUUGCAUCAGAAAACAAGGCUCUGAAUUGGCAUCAGCAGACAGUUGUCAUGUGAAAUCUCCUGCGCCCUGCCGGCAGCCCUCUGUGCAUCUUUCACCAUCUCGCUUCGCCUCUCACUCUGUACUUACCUCUCUUUUUUUUUUUUUUUUUUGGGCUACACACCUUCUCCUUAAAACUCCUCCUGUUGUGUUUAUCUCUCUUGUUCUCUUUGCCGCUCUGCCUUCUCCGCCUUUUCUCUCUUGCAGCCGUCCCACUGUGAGAAACCAUUACAGACCGACUUCCCUCUCUCUGUCUAAUUGAUUCCCUUCCUCUCUCUGUCUCUCUUCCCUCCUUUUCUGUCGUCCUCCCGCUGUGAGCAGUCCAUUGCAUUCAUUUCAGUUUGCAGAGCUUCACCAUUUUCCACAGUUUCUUUCUUUUUUUUUCAUGCUAUUUUCUUCCUUUUUUUUUUUUCCUUUUUCUUUUUUUUUUGAAAUUUCUUACAUCGCUGCUCCCCUCCACCCCCUCCACCCUCUCCCAAAUACCUUUGUACCCUCUGAACUCAGGACACACAAGGACAAAACUCAAAAGCAGGCAGCAGACACGCACUCACACAGCGCCCACCAAAACCAACCUCUCCCCGAUUCCAAACUCAGUACUUUGAGUUUAAACCGCUUUUGUCAAAUUGCGAUUUUGUUCGCCGCUUUUUUAUCUUAUCUCGCAUUUUACUUUUAUUUAUUCUUUCGCCGCUUAACCUCAAGGUUUGGUUAGCGUUAGCUUCUGCUUGUAUAAAAUGGCGGCAUAAGUAGAGAGGUGGGAUGGUGGAACAGUGUCAGUCUCUGCAGUGGGGCGUUCUGCCGACUGGAGACGUACACACACACUCUCUCACACACACACUCACACUGGUUUGCACUCACACAGACACACUCACACAUUUAGCCAAGGUUGUGCAAGUGUAGUCACACAUGCUGCAUGUGCCUGACUGCAGUGCAGAGACCGCACUGUUUUUUUUCUUUUACAGUCACACCGCCAUGGUCGCCAUUUUGUGGCAGAGCUCGCCAUGACCAAAAUUAUGAGGCUGACACAAACCAGAGACCGUACUAGAGUUUUUUUUCAUGAUGAUUUGAUUAAGAACGGAUCAAAAUAUAGAGAUCAGGCACAGACGGGUAAACACGAGGCAUUUACCAAGAGGGAGUUUUCGCUCUCGAUUGUGGCGUGGCGUAGAGGAGGCGUUUUUGGAUGCUGUUGGGAAAAGGGUUAAUUAUUUGUAAAAGAGAAAUCAAAGACUGACGAAGAAAGGCCUCGAUAGUCAGAAGAAUAUGUGUUAUUUAAUAUACUUGGAGCAUUCAGGCGUCUGCAUUAAAAACUUCCUAAACUGUAAAAGUUAAUCUUUACGUUAUCUUUAAUAAAUUAUGAAAUAAGUGUUUUUAAUUUACUAAAAAAAGGCUUAAUUGAUAGCAUUUAAGACCUACUAGGGACUUGUUCUUAAAUCAAAACACUUCAAACCUCUGAUUUUUAAGACUUCCUGCCGCCUGGUAUCUGAAAGCAACGUUUUUAAUAAGAAAAUUCCACCUCAAUAGAAAACAGCAGGACUUUUCUUCUGUUUUGAGUACGUAGAUGAAACUAUGUAGAACACGAGUUCUGCUCUUUAUCUGUUUGCUUUGAUUUUUCCCUCAAACAAUCACAAUUACACCCACAAAGACACACACACACAGGCCCGCACAGCAGCUCAGAGAGAAGCCCGGGCCCAGCGUGCUAUUUAAUGCUUCGUUAACCCCUCGAUGGUCGUUAGCUGUACACAUCCUGGGAGUAAUUUAGUCCGUCUGUGGGAGUGACAUGUUGCUGCACAGGACCUGUAGGUACAAGACGGAUAUUACAGGCAAACACUGUGUUUCCACGCUAAGCCUUCAUUUAAUAAAUCCUUUCCCCCCUCUGCUGUGCGACUCUGCAACAGAUGAGCUCCCAGUGUCCCAUUUCCUCUCCCGUAAUCUCAGUCAAUCGCUGCGGGAUGUGGAUAGGUGGUAGUUUUCCCGGAGACAUCAAUACACGCUUUGUCUUAACGUGUGUGUGCAUGCUUGCGUGUGUGAAAGAGUCAGUGGGGUUGUGGUGUCAGGGGUAGGUUCAAGGCUGUAAGUCGAUUUAAUGACAGGUACAAUUGCACAGCCUCAUCCCUGUUGCCUUUUCUGUAGCAGGGAUUUUAACCGUUUCCGCUUUUUAGUCUCGCUACCUGAAUUUUUUUUUUUCCUUUUCCAUGUCUCCUCACCUCCUCUCCUCUCCUACCCCUCCUUUAUCCCGCCAUCCUUCCAUCCUGCCCUCCAUUAUUUCCUUUUAGUCCGCCCCCUGCUGAGAAAGUGACGCCCAGACACAAACACCCCCCUAUCCCGUCUCCCUCUCUCUCCCUCCCUGUUUCUCUCUGUCUGACCUUGUUUCAAUCUUUCCAACCUUCUUUUUCUUUCCGCCCAACUUUCUCACUCAAGUCUCCGCUGCCUUUCCUUUCAUCCUCUGUCCACUUCUUGGUUUCGCUCUGUCGUUUUAAAUUUUCACCAGUGUUUUUCCUUUUCCCCCUUCUUUUUCAUUUCCUGUAUAAUCACGAUCACUCUUACUCCUCCUAAUUUCCAUAACACUAUCUUUUCCUGUUGCCGUGCUACUCAAGCUCUUUUUUUAUCCGACCUUUAAGAGAAUUUGCAUAGGGGACAUAUUUAGGGUUGCACAGCCAGUCAGUACUCAUUUUUCAUGGCGUAAGGCUUUGAGUAAUGGUAAAUACCUCCCCCUGGUCAUUUGUCUGUUUCUGGCUUCUUUUGUUCCACUGAGCUGCAGCUUUAUGAGAAAGUUAAGCAUGCAGAAAUGACUAAUCAGCAACUUGUAUCUUUGCCUCAACUUUAUCUUAAGUCUUCUCUCUUUUUUUUCUCGCUUCUGUUGCAGCAUCUGAAGGCUCAAAACAAAUACAAGGUGAGAUCAAACAUUUUCAACUUGGUUUAUCAUUAAAAGACAUUUUGAGUGUACAUGUAUUAAAGAGCAUAUGAAAUAUCUCUGUUUUUGUCUGUGUCUCACAUUGAAAAGCGCUCAUUUUAAUGAGUUACGGCCUUUGAUGCGAAGACAGAAAAAUGAAAAUACGACCGUUUUAAUUCAAAAUCUCUCCCUCUUGUUUCCUUAUUUCACCACUCUGUGUGUCACCCCUUGCUGCACUUAUCGUUUUAAUAAAGAUAAUCAACAUUUAUGUACGUCUACAAAAGACACUUUCCUAUCCUGCUUAUGAGAACCAAACACAGACACAGCGAGGACGCCCCGCAGAUGCUCACAAGAAAACACGAAAAAAAAGAAAAAUUUAAACAAAUUUUUAUUAUCUGUGAAUAUUAUUUCGAAUAAUUGGCUGUAUACAUGGUUAUGUGAGUAUACCGUGACCCACAUGUUACAAAAUAAUAGCUUGUGGAAGCAAAAGGUCAGUUUUUGAAUCUUUGCUGCAGGAGUUUAUAACAAUCGGCCAUGUUGUGGUUGGUAUCACAAUUCAUCUCCAAAUUGCAUGAAACAACACCCAAAAGUCAGAGAACUGAGACCUUGUGCAUUUCUUCAAAUACAACCCUGUAAAUUAAUUUUUAUUUUUAGAUCUCGACGGGUGUUAUCUGAUGAGAGAGCUGGGAAUCAAAACCCAGUUCUAUUCGCCACCUGGUUCUGCGUUUUUCAGAACCUUAAAUCAGAAUUUUCCAAACUUUUAAGACUCUCUGUUCUCCUACAAAGUCCUUUUUGUCCCUCAGGUAUUGCCAUAUCUUAAGUCGGGUCACCUCAUUUAAAUCGAAGCACUGUUGCUAAAACAUUAAUCAAUUAUCUAAUAGAGUUUUUGAAUAAUUCUGAAACUCCAGCCAACAGUGACAUGAAACACUGCAAAUAGGAAAUCUGUUGGUCAGUUGCUUAUGAGGAAGUUUAACGUUUGGCUGUAUUUUACUAAAGGAAAAUAUACGGAGGAAGCAAAAUGCAGUUUAAGUUACAAAAUAAGAAUUUGCAAACGGGUAACACAACCUCAAUGGCUUAGCAAAAUUAGCAUCGUGCAAAAUACAUCAGGAUACCUAAACUUUGUCACAAGUUUCAGUGUGAGUUAAAACGUUUAUCAACGUAUCAACGAAAUCAAAGUUGAAACCUGCAGGGUAGCUAAAGAAACUGAGUGGUAUCAGAUAACAUUAUGAUGUGUUCGAGGUCAGGUCAUUUAUUAAAGCUAAACCUCUUCUGAUAAAAGUGUAUUUUUCUUUCUUUCUACCAAAUAGUAUCGAUAGUGUCAUCAGCACAUGACGUAAGGCUUGAUAGUGGUAAAAAUGUUCCUUUUAAACAAACCCUUCCCUGCUCAUGAUGAAAGACGGACACUCAGUAUGAACAAUGUUUAGCAAUAGUGACCAGAAAAACAAACCCCGCCUUUCACAGAGGGCUGACAGAGAGUCAUACUCACAGGUUGACAGUCGUCUGCCAUCUUGGAAAUUGUGUAGAAUCAGGGUUUUUAGAGUUUAAGGUGCUAAAGUCACAAGUCUCUACAUACUUCUCCUGUAAAAAGUGUUUUGAAACCAUUAUUUCACUCACAAUGUUUCUUUCCUCUCUGUUAGAAACUGCACCAUCAAACAGUGUCUGCUCACUGAGGACAGCUUCACCUCCUCUCCUCCUCCUCCUCCUCUUCGUCCUCCUCCUGCUGAUUACCUGACCUCCUGAACAGACCUCAUCACCGCUGACCUCACCACCUGUCCUCUGCAGGACCAGGAAACGCUACUCAGAGUACACGAUGCAAUCUACACUCAGACAGUGAAUGACACAAUGCAAUCUAUGCUAAGCUAUUGCUAAAGACAGACGCCACCACCGUCAUCAUCAUCAUCAUCAUCAUGUGUCUGUUUACCAUAAAAAAUCCAGGAAGAAUCAGGUGUUUUCGCCAGAACAGAACCACAGUGACUCAGGGACUGACAUGUGGGAUCACAGUGAUUCAUUUCUUGUUAUUUUCCUCUCCUAAGUGUUGUGUAAGUAGAAGAGAAGAAUAUUACACGUCAUGAGACUCAUAUCCAAGCCUGAUGCUGGAGGAACACAAGCGCCUGAAAAGUUUCCCUCCUCCUUCUUUCUUUCUUUUUUUUUUACACACACGAUGGUAAUUUUUUACUUAAAUUUUUUUUAAACUUUUCUAAGAACCUCCCUCUGGUUAAAAAGUGACCAAAUGAUCACUCACUGCUGUGCUGGAUGAGUCAGGCUGCAGAUCAGUCACUUACUGUUUUUGAUGAUCACUGGUGGAGAUAAGUUUCCACACAUUUUUUGACUGCCUAAUUUUGAUCCCAACAUGAUUGUUUUCAGAUUCUGUAACGAAAAAAAGACUUUUUGGAGGCAAAUAUGGAUUUUCUAGACAAGUCAGGCAGGACUGCUGCGCCCCCUACUGGGACUGAACUGGUUUAACUGGAGUUGGAGUGGGUUAGAAACUGGACACUGGAUUCUGCUGCUUUGUGGCAGUAACGGGACCUUUUACUGAGUUUGUCCUCUCUGAUUGGACUCCCGAAUGUUCUGCCUCCCCUCUGUCCUCUCUGCCUCGGACCCAAGCACAGUGCAGAGGGGCUUAUGGGUAAACAAAGAGCAUCUCACUCCUCUGUACACAUUGCAGACCACUUUGGAGGCUGAUUGGUGGAUGCUCAUGUUGGAAAAAACGUGUAGAUAUGCACACAAGCUUAUUUUGUGAUUGUGAUGUUGUUGUUGUUUGUUUAGGUUUUUUUAUACACAGGAUCUUUAAUUUCUGGCUUUACUUAGUUAAUAUAUUUUGCAAAAUCAUAUAUAUUAACUGCAAUAUUUCAUAUUUUAGUUGGAGGUGAUUCCUGAUAGUCAAAGGGCUCUUUUUGGUGUACACAAACAUUGAUUUUUGCUCCGGAUUUAUACGUAUUUUCUAUUAAAUUUUCUACAUUCUCUGCUACAAUGUAGUUACAAAAAUCUAAUAACCCAAGGGUGGAUUUAAUUUAAAUUUUCCUAUAUUUUUAAACAAAUCAUCGUAGUGAAAUUAAAAUGAUAAAUCGAAGUAUAUAAGCUAAUCAGUUAAAUUUCUGAUUUUUUUAAAACUGAAAAUUGAGAAAGUCUAUUUUUCCCUCAAAUUAAUUUAUAAAAUGACAUAAUUGUUCAAAAGAUUAUUUUAGUGAGAAUCUAAAGUCUAACUGUACAGAUUUACUUUCUUUAAAAAAAAAACUACAUUGUUAGCACUUAAUAUAUUUUCCCCAGGACAGUCGUAACCCUGUAAAACACACCGAUCAUGCUGUUGUUGUUUUUUUAGUGUUGUUUUCUAACGGGUGUUAACGCCAAUGUUAAAAUAAUAUUAGCAAUGUAGAAUUUUACAACCAUGUGCAACCAGUUAUUUGUGUCUAAUUUCCUUGUAUGUGUGUGUUCUGCGUUCACAUUUUCGUGAAGUAUGUUCGCUUCUUCUGUGAAGAGCCAGCUGCAAUCUGAGCCUUUUCUUUUUUUUUUUACACGGUGAGACUACAAAAUAAAUCUGAUUGCAUUCAAAGGCA